UUCAACUUCACGGGCGAGUUCGACUCCCCGCUCGACAAGCUGCUGGACCAGAUCGACGCGAUCCCGGACGCCGUGCUCGAGGCCGGCGACGACGCCCUGCACAAGUACCUCGUCGACCACGGCAUCCGCGCGCCCGACGCCAAGCUGCGCCGCGAUGUCUCCGACGAGGCCGACUUCUCCGCCGUCGUUGCGCGCAGCGAGCUCGAGGCCCGCACUUCCGUCUGGAAGAUUGCCAAGUGCAUCGCCGCCAUUGUCAAGCUACUUGGUACCACGGCCAUCCCCGCCGCCAAGCUGCUGCGCAUCAAGAAGUACAUCAAGCUCCUCGGCGGCGUCAAGAAGGCCGUCAAGCUACUCCUCAAGGCCAAGACGCGCGCCCAGCGCCUCAAGCUCGGCGGCAAGGCCCUCGUCAACCUUGCUGCAGAGCUGCUCGGCAUCAGCUCCGUCAAGAAGAACUGCUUCUAG